GCGGUAGCACUGGGGGCUGCCUAGAGCGCUGUACAGGAAGCUGCUGUUGCUAGGGCUUCAGGUGGGGAAGCGGCGUGCGCCUCCGGUUCCGCCGGGCCGGGCCCGGUGAUGGCGUCGCUGGGGCUGAGCGAGCGGGAGCAAGCCGGGUGCCGCCAGCUCCUGGAGUACCUCGAGACCGAGGAGCUGAUCGCGCUGACGGACACCGUCACCAACCGCCUGGUGCACCCGGAGAGCCGCCAAGAAGCCAUUCAUGCCAUCUUGGUUUACAGCCAAAAUGUAGAAGAACUUUUGAAACGCAGAAAAGUCUAUCGAGAAAUAAUAUUUAAGUAUUUGGCAGCACAAGGGAUUCCAGUGCCCCCUUCCUCUGAGAAACAUCUACUCAUUGAUCGUGUAAAGCAGUACUGGAGUGGGCAGCUCACAACAUGUGCCUCAGAGUCAGGGGAGAGAAAACCACACGUGGAGAGUCACAGAGACAGACGAAAGUCACAACAUGAUGUUCAUGAUCUAGGAGAAGAAUUCUGUCAAUGGUUCUUUGAACUCCUGAAUUCUCAACAUCCCUUGGGAGUAAAAUCUGAAGAAAGAUGGGGACCACAGCAUUUUUGGGAGGAUGCCAAAAUGAAGUUCUGUUACAACACAUUAGAAAAAAACAUGGAAGAAUAUGUUGGUGCAGAAAUGGUGAGCCUUCGUCUGCUCUCGUUGGUUAAAGAAGAAUAUCUUCUAUUCAACCCUAAUUUGCAUGCCAAUGGACUGAAAUGUGCCAUGUCUCCACAUGGGUUAGUACUGAUAGCAGUGGCUGGCACGGUACAUAGAGACAACACUUGCUUGGGCGUCUUUGAACAAAUUUUUGGACUCAUUAGCUGUCCCGUUAGGGAGAAUACUUGGAAAAUAAAAGUUAUGAAUCUUAAAAUAGUUGGACAGAAUGCUCUGGAGCCUGGGAUGCAAACUGAGAAACCCUCCAUAAAAUAUGAGUCAAACCAACUGCAAGAGAUGUAUGAUGGAAAAGAACUGACUGUGUUUGAACCUCAGAAAUUCUGAGCAAUUUUUUCGCAACUGAGUAACUGGGUGAGCGGGGGAACAUACAGCACUUGUAGUACAUAGCUGAAUAUUGAAAUGGUUGCAGCCAUCUGAUGAUGUGUCUUUUUUGAGUCAGAUUUACAGGAUGACAAACUGAGAUACAGAGUCUAAAGUAUUAAUACAGGUGAUGAUUUUGGGCACCUUUCCAAGAGCUAACAAAUAUUUCAGAGUAUUACUUUAGAUUUUGUACUGUAGUUAGGAAUGGAGUUAGUUUGGUUAUUCUUGGUUACAAAGCAUGGUUACAUUUAAAUAUGGGUUGGCAGCAGUACGUAAUGAACUAGAUGACUUGGGGUUCACAAACUGCAGGUUGUUUCUCUUCAGGUCACCAGUUUAAACUCUUAUCAGAGUUGUAACAGGAAGACAUUGCAUCUGGCUUUUUGAAGUUGGGAUUGGUGAUUGUCUAAAUGGACAUCUAAGUCCCAGGAAAACCAUCUGCCACUUCAGGAGUUUUUGGAGAGAACAGACAAAAUAAUGUGAAUGGAGACUGCUGCCAUUUAUGUUCUAAAUGUGGUUCUGUCACUGAACAAUACAAGUAGUUUAAUGGGACAAUGCAGGGAACUUAACAUCAUUGAAAUCUUUUUUAAUUUGGGUUAAUAGCUUCCUUUCCUUUUACCUUAUGGUUCCAAUUUUGUAAUGAAUACAGACAAACUCUCUGUUGCUCUAUCUGUGUCCCCAAGCAGACAAAUUUGAGAUGGUUGCCCAGGCAUCCAUUUCUAGCACUGACUCUCUUGGAUCAAGUAGUUGAUUUCAUGACUUACAGCAGCACUGUAUGAACCAAAUGCUUUGAUAAUUAUUUUGUAUAUACUUACAACAGAGGUUUUAAUAUAAUAGUUGUGAUUUUUCUAUGUUUUCUCAAAAUAAGAAUUUCAUCUACUCUGAGCUGCUUUAUUACAUUGACUAGAAGUCAACUUGUUAACAUUGGGCAGUUACAACAACAGGUGAUAUUAAAUAAUCCAAUUACUACUUAAUAACUGAAAUUAUUGCCAUUGUAGAACUUGAUUUUUUUUUUUUUUAAUUUUAAGGGAUUAGAGGUGAAAUGAGAUGAAAACUUCUUUUUCCGCAGCUUGCUUGGAUUGUUUGUGAAUUUUGUUUUGAUUUUAUAGCUUCACCAAUACAAGUUGUGAAAAUGGAAACAUUCCCCGUAAUAUGGGAACAGUUCUUUUGGUUUUGAUAUGUUUGUCAAAGACGACAAAUGGUAAAAUUACGGGUGGGUGAAGGGAAACAAGAAGAUUCAGGUAUGCACAGAACUGAUUUUUAUGAACAGUCUGAAUCUUGAGUUCUCUUUAAAAAUUUCUAAAAUAAUUUCUUUCCUAAGCAAAACCUCAAAUACUGUGUUGGAAUGUUCUUUCCCAAUCAACAGUUGAGUUGUGGCUUUUUCAGCUACUGAUGUAUAACAAAUAAAAACCCGAAUUUAAAAUUCGGAAGAAGCAGUUUCCUCGUAUGUGUUGAGAAUUGCAUUCCU